UUUAUGCAAGCAUAUUUUGUGCAUUACAGCGCGAAAUUUGAUCAACCAAACUGCACAAUGUCAUAACGCACCGGCACGAGAUCAGUAUCAUGCUGCAUUCAUCUUUACCACCUAUCAAGGCGGUAAGAUAUUAAAAAUCGGACUGUGAUUAUCUUGACAGAAACUACGCUAUGAGUCAUGAACGGUAGGGUAGGAAUUUACAUUUUUACAUCACAAUCUUCGUUUUCACUAGGUGGAAAAAAUGCAAUCAUGAUGUGACAUUUGUUGGGGUCAGUACCAAACAGACAUAUGUUUUCCCACAUCUGGGGAGCAAGAUCUGCAGGCCAAUGCAUCUCUACAGCACGAUAAUCCUGUUUUGACAUCUGUUUUUUUAGCAGUGUCUUGUGAGCUGCAUAUUCGCCAUGUUAUGGUUUUGUGCAGCCCCUUCUUAUUUAUUUGCACAGCACUAUUAUUAGACAAUAAUUAGUUCUCAGAUUAGGCUUGACAGUCUGAACACAGGGUUUUUUGAAAGACACAUAAAAGGAAAUUAAAUUGUGUCUCUAAUCAGGCAUGUCAGUUACUUCCCUAUCAUUGUAAUUACUUUAAGAAAACAGCUAGCCCAAUACUGUCAGCAUAACAGACGACAUUGUGACAGUGGAUAACAAUGUGACUCUUUAGUCAGUGGCCUACAUAUUUUAUCGCUUAAUGGAUACUGAUCACAAUAAACGAGAUAUUAAAAUGUUAAAUAUUAUUUUCUGAUUACAGGAGACACGGUGAUCACACACGUUGUUUUGAAUCCACAUAGACAUCCCACAUCUGCACAUCAUUCUAUCCUCCUAUAUCAUUUCUGUGGAUUCUUCUGAAUAAAAAGAAAUAGACAGGGGUGCACUACAGCAGCCAUGACAGGUGUAGUAUUAACCAGGUGACUGCGACGUGAAAGACUGAUAACAAACCUAAGCUAACAUAGAAACUAACAAAGCUAUAGCUAACAGCAAAUCACAUAAUCUCUACUUGGUUUUAGCAUUUUCUCGCCUGAUUUUAAUAUUUCCCCCCUUCGCAAUGAAUCAGAGACCUCUUAAACCUGAUGAGGAAGCUCUGAGAGUCCACUGAUGGGACCAGCACUCAUACAAGCCUCUUGUAUCAUGGCAAAUUAGUGGCUACAGCUAGCGUGAUAACAGCUAGCUGUCUAGCUAGCGGACAUCGUUGCACCACUUCAAUUACAGGGCUGUUGCUGAUGUCCAGCCUCUCACCGCCUUGGGAGAGGAAGGCGGCUGACCACAAUGCAGAAAAACCUCAGAGAGACAGCUACUGCAAGCCAUUCAGCAUGUCGCGAGGCAGCUUUGUCUUCACAUCCACGGCCUUACGCUCUCUCGAACGUGAUGAGGACAUGCUGGAGAGAUACAAGUACAAGAGGCAGUUGGCCUCCCAACACCUCAAUAGCUAUAUGCUGAAGAAGGAGGCCAGGGACAGGGCGCCACUGAGGUCCAGCACUGCCCUGCCAGCAGCUGUCUGCCAUGAUCUGGUCGUCCACAACGCCCUAUACACAGGAGACCUGGAGGCCCUGCAGCGCCUCUUUCCCAAAGGAUCCACUGCAAGCCUCAUCAUUGAGCCACAAGGAGGGGACAUGCGCUGGGUCGCCACAGGGGAUGGACUGUGGUCACUGAGUUAUGAGCAGGAGUUGACCACACCGCUUCACAUCACAGCCGGUCGAGGCUUCACGGACUGCCUGAGGCUCCUGCUGCAGCGUGGGGCCAACGUAGACCUGGCACCAGGAGGCUCCACCGCCCUGCACGAGUCCUGCGAGAACUGCCAGUCGGAGUGUACCAAGCUGCUGCUCAUGCACGGCGCUGAUGCCAAUGCCGUCUCCGAAGAGGGACUUAUGCCUUUGCACUUUUGCACAAGCCCCGAAUCCCUGGAAUGUGCCAAGUAUCUCCUUCAGUUCGGUGCAGCAAUCAACGGUCGCUCCACAGAUGAAAAUGACACUCCUUUACACGUGGCAGCCAAGAACGGCCUCCCAGACCACACCGAACUCUACCUGCGCUACGGAGCUGCUGUGGACAAACAGAACGAUGAGGGUCUCACGGCCCUGAAUGCUGCUUGUACCCAACGCCAGGAGCUGCAGGAACUUCAGCGUUACUUCAAGGUGUGCCAGACCCUGCUGGGGGCGGGGGCCGACGUCCACACGAUGGACCAGGACAGGAACACUCCCUUGCACAUGGCCUGUAAGAACGCAAAUCCAGACAUAGUGGAUCUGCUGCUGGCUAAAGGCGCCUGCGUUAACGACAUGGACUACGGCGGCGAAGCUCCCAUGCACAACAUCCUGAAGGUGGUGUGCUUCAAGAUUUCCCAUCAGCCCGAGAGGAUUGUCCGCGCUCUGCUCAACCAUGGUUCUAUCCGGGUGUGGCCGGGAGCUCUGCCCAUGGUCAUUAAGCACUGCUCUGAGUCUCCACGCACCAUCGAGGUUCUUCUGAACGCCUACAGUCACCUCAAAGUCACGGACACCUGGGUGGAGUCUGUGUCACCGGAGGUGUUCAAGGAGCACAAAGAGUUCUACCAGUCGAUCUUCUCUCUGGCGAUGACUCCUCGCUCCCUGCAGCACUUGGCACGCUGCAAGCUCAGGACCUUCCUGGACAGCCGCGUACACAAGGUGGUCCCCAAACUGGGCCUGCCCACCUUCAUCAAGGACUACCUGCUGCUGGGGUUCAGAGGCUACAUCCACUGAGACGGGUGUUUGUGUGGCGAGCGAGUGCUGCUCGCUGCGGCUGUUCAUAACAUAACAAGAGUUCAGAUCGUGAUUAAAAACAGUGACAUCAGCUGCAGCACCAUCUUAGCUCUCCACAUAUUUUUGAAUAGGCUUUUUUUUUUUUAUGAGGGAGAAUCAGCUGCUUGUUCUCUGCCUCUCUGAUUCCAGAUCAAUCUUCUCAGCACGUUUCACCACAAGAGGGAGCUAUAGACUAGAGUUGAUAAAGAGUGAGAACAGGUAUCUGAUUGAGUGUUUUAUAUUCCAUUUAUUGUCACAUUGUUAUUAUUAUUUUUUACUUCUUCACUUGAUAGUAGAGAUGCUCAGAUGCUUUGUAUUUUUAUACGUAAUGGUUUUCAUUGUAGUGUGAUGUUUAAUGCGCAGAGUGCGGAUGUGUGGCACACUGAGGAUGCCAUAAAGUAUUUGCAUAAAUAAUUAUUCCCACCGAUACGAUUGUAAUUAGGCGUUUUGUAUCAAAAAACAAGCUUGAUAUAAAAUAAAACGACCCACCCUGGCUGUGAAAUGUAAACAUUCUUUUGAAUUACUUCCUUUUUUUCUGACAUCUUCUCUCUUUUUUUUUUAAUUAUUCUCCCUCGUGCUUUCGCUUGUAGUUUGAGAGAAUAAGACAAAUAAUGACGAGAGAUAAAAAAAAAAAAAGUCAAUAAAAAGAAAGUAUCAUCUAAACAAUCAAAAAUAGAAAAAACAUUUAAGAAACCGGAUUUUUUAAAAUUGUAUUUACAAAGGUAAGCAGAAAAAAAAAAAUAAUGACAACUACAUUAAAACACGUUGAACACGUUGGUAUUUGUGCGUUAAUCAAAAACAUUCACACGUUCGAUUAUUCAACUUCAACUUGGUCAUCUGACACAAGCUUUGACACAACGAGCCGGAGGAGCUCAGUAAAAACUUCAAGCAUUUGCGGGAGAAAAGUUAACAAAAAAAAAAAAAACGACGGUUAUCUGCAGUCUUAUUUUAUAUUUUAUUUUUCAAAGAAAGAGACAGCAGUGACAGUUUCUAAAUCACCUCUUGGGACAAUUAAAACAUGGACUGUGUUGCCAAACAUUUUGCAGGAGGCCUGUAUUCAGACUUUUAUGUAAAACAAAGCCGCGAAUUAAAAUAGACCCGAAUGAAGAAACAUGCUGUCUGAGCGUAAACUCCCAAAGAUUCCUUGAUUUUAUUUUAUUUUUCUUUAAGAAUAGAGAGUGUAUGAAGGGGCUGUGUCACAUCAGCAGAGAGAGAGAGAGAGACGGAGGGGGGAGAGGAGCCUCGACGAGAAAUGGUUUCAAUAGAUCAGAGAGAGGUGCUGCUGAAGUCACAUGCAAUUAUAAGAAUUAGCCUGGCCUGGCCCUCCACCGCUAAUCAGAGUCGGUGGUGAUAUGUUUAUGUCCUCUUUGCAAUCAGACGACCAGUUGGAGAGCCCGGGCACCCAGGACUCAAUAGGGCUAAUCAUCAUCAGUCCCCAUUGCCAUUUAAAAGGUGAAAUGAUCUGCGAUUAAACCAGUGCUUAAAGAAAAGAGAACAGUGAGAUGUUUUUUUUCUUUUUCUCUUCUCUUCUCUUCUCAUGCAUUUUUGAUCAGGGAUGAAUUACAGCUCCAAAAGCGCAGAGCAAACUAAAUAAUGUGAAAUAAUGUGUACGUCGUUUGAUUUAUUUGAA